CCUCAAGAGUAGCAUUAUUAUGUGUUUAUUUUUAUAGCUUUAACAAUUCUAUCAAACAGAUGUGUUAUUGUAAUUUUCAAAAGGAUAACACAAAUUGUAUCUCCAAUCACUAACAGUUUUGUCAUUACUUAAACAAACUUUGUAUGAAAGAAUGUUCGCUUUGAAACUUAGAUCUGUAUAAAAUAUCAGGUCUUAUAUACGUCUGGCGUAUAUACUAAAUUUAGUCCUGGUAUCUAUGAUGAGUUUAUUUAUAGGCAUUUAAAAAAAAUGUAUGCAUUGAUAUUGCAUAUCUAUCAUGAGACAUGACAAUUUUUUCGAGAAAUAGUACAAAACAAAUAGUUAAAGUUUUGCUGGGAUGCUCUUUAUACCAUCGUUUGACCUUUUUUCCAUUGUUUUUGUUGUAACCUUUAUGUAUAUUUUAACCUUUAUCUAUGAAAUUUAAAAUGUGCUUCAUUUUAUUCUUAGAUGACACCUCAAAUGAGAUAGAAGAUCAUAAUGUCGAAAACCAAGCAUGCAUACCAGUAUCCAUGUCACCUGUGUAUGUUGGAUGUGCAACAGACGGGAGUGUCACAGAAUCUUCAUGUGCACACAGAUUUGCGCAAGUUGUAUUGGAGAAAUUUGAGGUGAAGGUAGCCAGACAAAAAAGCAAGGAAUUUAUAGAGGAAGAAUUGAGGGUGGUUGUAAUUGGAAAAACAGGUGCUGGAAAAAGUGCAACUUGCAACAUGAUCGUAGGAAAAGAUGACACAUUCAAAUCUGGUCCUAGUAUGGCUAGCGUUACUACAGAGACACAGCAUGAACGUGUAGAUGUGUACGGCAGAAAAGUUCUGUUGAUAGAUACUCCUGGGUUUUUGACACGAAUUCAGAAGACGAUAAAACUGAAAGGGAAAUUAAAAAAUGCAUCGGCAUCGGAGCUCCAGGAUUGCAUGCUAUAUUAUUUGUUAUGCGACUAGACAGGUUUACACCAGAAGAUAAAAAUACUAUAGACACAUUUUUAAAAUAUUUUGGAAAAAGUGAGAUGGAGGCUCAUGUAAUCAUUGUGUUUACACGUGGUGAUGAACUUGGGAAUAUGGAUCUUGAAGUUUUUCUUAGCAAAGCGCCACAGGAAUUACAAGUGUUUAUGAAUCGUUGUGACAAGCGUCGGGUAAUAUUUAAUAAUAAAUUACCGAUGGAACAAAGAUUUUCUCAGGUUCAUGGCCUCAUCAAUUUAAUAGCUAAAUUCAGGCUUGAGAAGGAAAUGACGUACUAUACUGACGAUUUAUUUAAGGCUGCAGAGAGAAGCAUGCAGAUCAGAGAAGACGAAAUUCGAAACAAACUCAAGGAUGACAUGGACAAGUUAGUAAAGGAAAAAGAAGAAAUGUUUGAAAGGGAAUUUGCAAAUCGGGAAGCAUUAUUAGACAAUUUGGAAACUGAUAAAGAAAAAAUUGAAGGGAACAGAAAGGGCUUACAAGAAUUUAAAUGUAAACAACUAGAAGAACUGACAAAAUUUAAAAACAUGUGUGAAGAAAUAAUAAGAAAAGUUCGUCAACAAGCAAGACAAAAUAUUAUUGAGGAGGAUGAGGAGCAGUGACAAUUGAUUACAGAUCCGUUUAUGAAUUUAAGGACAUCAGGCAGUCAAUGUGUUAUACAUUUGUAUUAUAUGAUAUUGCGCAGGACUUUCUCACCGGAAUCUAAUGUCUUUUACACUUUAAGUGUAACAAAAUAGAGGCGAAAGAUUCUUCAUGGUACUACAUCUGUCGAUAUCUAUAUUUUGACACUGCACAAGGUCAUGUUUUUCUGUUAAUGAAGUUUUGACACAAAAUUAUCUGCAUGUUGAUGUGUACUUAAUAAUUGUAAAUUUAA